UCCCGCCGCUCCCGGCGCUCCGAGCGCGGGCCUGGGGACUCGGGAUCCCGCCGCCGGGGCCGCAGCAUGGGGCGCUUCCGCGGGGGCCUGCGGUGCAUCAAGUACCUGCUGCUCGGCUUCAACCUGCUCUUCUGGUUGGCAGGGUCUGCUGUCAUUGGUUUUGGACUAUGGUUUCGGUUUGGAGGCACCAUCAAGGAUUUCUCAUCGGAAGACAAGUCCCCAGAGUAUUUCUACAUGGGGCUGUAUGUGCUGGUUGGAGCAGGGGCCCUGAUGAUGGCUGUGGGCUUCUUCGGGUGCUGCGGAGCCAUGCGGGAGUCGCAGUGUGUGCUCGGAUCUUUCUUCACCUGCCUACUGGUGAUAUUUGCUGCUGAAGUAACCACUGGAGUAUUUGCUUUUAUAGGCAAGGAUGUAGCUAUACGACAUGUUCAGACCAUGUAUGAAGAGGCUUAUAAUGAUUACCUGAGAGACAGGGAAAGGGGGAACGGGACUCUCAUUACCUUCCACUCAACAUUUCAGUGCUGUGGAAAAGAAAGCUCUGAACAGGUCCAACCCACAUGCCCAAAGGAGCUUCUAGGGCCCAAGAAUUGCAUUGAUGAAAUUGAGGCCAUAAUCAGUGUUAAGCUCCAGCUCAUCGGAAUUGUUGGUAUUGGGAUUGCAGGUCUUACGAUCUUUGGCAUGAUAUUCAGCAUGGUUCUUUGCUGCGCAAUACGAACCUCACGAGAUAUGAUAUGAAGCUACUUCUACAUGAAAAUUGCAAUCUAGAGCCUUCAUACGGCUGUCACCGGAACUGUCUCCUGGCUCAUUUUUAACAUUCAAAGGACAUUAGGAUCUAAAAUAAUAUGCUGUUAAUUGUACAUUUGCACAUGUAUGUAUGUUUGGCUCAUUAUUCGUUUACCCCUUGAGUGAAUGCUGUGUAUGUUGACAGAGAUUCACGUGUGGUCUGUGUGUUUCUGGUGUAUGCAUUGUACAUAAUGAAAUCUGUUUGCUGGAAAUUCCUGGUUCUUAUUAUAUCAGAGGAACAACCUAUUUGACUCUCAGAAAAAGAUCAUCAAACUUUGAUAAACUUUAAAAACUUGGCUAUUCAGAAGAAAUGAUAAUGGGUCAUUUUCUCAGAUUCUAGCCAUAGAAAGUUAGAUACAGAGAAUUCAGGAUUUCUGCUUAACGGAAGCAAUAAGUUACAGGACUUGAGAGAUGAUGGUGUAGUGCUAAAAUUGACUACAUCUGAGUUAGGUGUAAGGGUUUCCUGGGAUUUUUUUAUAUACAUACUCUACCCAGAACACAGUAAAACACAGUUUUAGAACUAAACACAUCUGUAAAACUAAAUAUAGCAUGGAAAAUCUAAUUUGAAUAAGUCAUACUUUCCUAGUAUUUAAAAACAAAAAACUCUCUCUGAAAGGAGUGGUCACACAGACAAUCAUGUGCCCUAUAAAAGUGAGUGUUUUUAGGACUUUUAAAAAAAUACCUUUUAGUAACUUUUUAAGGAAAUUUUUUGUUCUUAUAUAAAUACAUUUAAAUAUUACUUUAUAACUUUCUUUUUCCUGACUCUGCUCUGAACUACAGCAGCCCUCCAUGAACAAAAGGGCUUUUAUCUCAAAUUUUUCCAUGUUUCUCCAAAUGUACAGAUAGAAAGACUAAAGCAAGAGAUCUGGCAGUUGCAAAUAGUGGGAAAGAGAAUUUUUACUGGCACUGCAUCUUUGAAAUACCUCAUAACUUGAGUUUACAUAUUUUCCUAAUUUUUUGUAUUUUUCUUAUUCACCAGAGAAUUAUUCUUCAUAGAUUUUGACCUACAGUUUUCACCCCUUAAGAUAAAACAAAAUUCUUCCUAAUUCAAAUAUUAUAUCAUAAGCAUCCUUGGCCAAACCAAAAGAAAGAAAAGCAUCUACUAGUUGGGUGCACAUAGCAGAGACAAGCCAAGAAAAUUAAAAUACUUACACCCACAGAACAGAAAUAUUUUUUUCUGUGUAAAUCUCCUAUAAAAAUAAAAUUUUCAUAUUCUUUAUGGUCUUGAUGCUUCAAUUUAGGUAGGUAAACCCAAAUUUAGAAUCUAAACUUAUAUCUUUGUCAAUUUUCAACAACUUAGUACAUUUAGUAGAUCAUAGAGGGGGUUUUUUAUUACACUUUAAAAGGCCACACAAAAGUGAAAGUACUGGGGACUUUGGAAACCAUGUAAGUUUCUGUGAGAACACAAGUCUUUGGGGAUGCACUAAAGGAAAGCGUGCACUCCCAAGAAACUUUUACAAAACGUUUUGCUGAAAAGACUUAACCACUACAAAUAGUCUUAUUGGCAUAGAGAACCACACUUCUCCUGCCAUACUUGCUACGGCUACGAACUUUGGAGGAAGCUUUUCUGGAAAAAAAAAAAGUCAGAUUGGAAGCAAGCUAAAAAUUUAAUUGUACAUGGCUACUUCACUGUGUCUAUAGCUAAAGAAAAGUUUAUUUUAACAAAAUCACUUCAUGAAAUAGAUGUUUAUACUCCAGUAGGUGAGAAAUAUAACCUUUUAAGCAAAGAACAAAGAGCCCAUCUCUCUUCAUGGCUGUAGUUCAUCCUCUACCUGAAGACAGGCCCAAGUGCAUUCGUUUCUUCCACCUCAGAAUCGUCUCUGAUUCAAACACACUGAGUUUCAUUCUAUACCUGAUUAACAACCUUAAGAAGACUACAAUACUUAAAAGUGGGGAAGUGGAGAUCUGUUCCAUCUAUGGUUAAUGUGUCCCUUUGGGGAGUAGUUUUUCCAAAAUCUGUGCCAUGAGUAAAAUUAGAGAAUUCCACCUCUGAGUGAGGGCAGAUUUUUAUAUAUCGUAAAUCUAUAUAUAUCUUGAAUUCCUAUAUAUCUUGAAUCUAUAUGUGUCUUGAAUCUAUGUAUCUUGAAUAUAUAACUCUUGAAUAUAUAUACAUAUAUAACUUGAAUAUAUGUAUGCACGAAUGUGUGUGAAUACAGACAUAUUCAUGUAUACAUAUAUGGGUACAUAUAUAUAUAUAUACAUACACACACAUAUAUAUAAAUUUUUGGUUAUAUCUGUUUACCUGAACUGAUUUGAGAUCAGACCCAAAUAUAUUCUUAAGCAUCUGGUACCAAGGCACUGAAUUAAAAUUUCUUGAUGAACUAUUUUAAGUUAUUUCAAAUUAAAUUUUCUAUGUACUGGAAUUGCUUGUUUGAUUUCUCUUAAAAUUCUAUUGUAUCUUUUUUAAAAGGGAUUUUUAAAAAGAUUUUAUUUAUUUAUUUGACAGAGGAGACACAGCAAGAGAGGGAACACAAACAGGGAGAGUGGGAGAGGGAGAAGCAGGCUUCCCGCGGAGCAGGGAGCCCCAUGCGGGGCUCGAUGCCAGGCCCCUGGGAUCAUGAGCUGAGCCGAAGACAGGCCCUUAACGACUGAGUCACCCAGGUGCCCCAAAAUUCUAAUAUAUCUUUAUACACAUCUUUACACAAUUUAUCUAAAUGUCCAACUACCAAACCAUAUGGUUAAAAAAAAAAAAAGGAAAGAAUAGUAACCCUUCUGUAGUGUGACUAUGAGGAGCUAGACUUAAAAGCAACCCUAAGGAAUUUUGUGCAAAUAGAUUUCAAUUAACAUUGUCUCAUCCAAACUAUACUAUCCAGAAUAGCUCCUUUGUUGUCCAGGGUUCAAUCUGUAAAGCCACACACUGGUACAGGGACCAGUGUAGUCCCCCGCACAGUCAUCCAAGAGAGUUGCUCUCCUUUCCCCGUGUGCCCCGUUAAUAGGUUUACUUGAUGAAAACGAGGCUUGUGGGAAAAAGGCAGUGAAGGAGAUAGCGUAUCUUCCCAAGUCAGUAUCAAAGAUUAAAAGGAAGAGGCACCCUUGGGAGUUCAGGAACUUUCCUGGUUCACCUCUCCAUUGACAUCCCCUUUGGCCACCAGCCCCUGAUUUCAGCAACCCUAUUUUACCCACCCCUAUGAGGGAGCAUUCCUGGGCCCCUAAGCCAGCCAAUUAACUGCAUCAUCUUAAUUUGGACUUGUCAAAAUCAAAUUUAUAUUAAGGUAUAUUUUAAGGGGCACAAAAAGUUUCUACUUUCUUUCAACAUGACUAUUUUUUCCUAUAAAGUGUACCUGAAAGUUAUUAUCUGUAGGCAUCCAUUGAAAGGUAAAAAGACUACACUAAUGCAAAAUGUUAUUAAUCAUUUUGUUGAUAUCCUCACUGUCAAAAAAGUUAAAUACGUCCCAGGAAACCACUAUUCCAAUGGCUCUCUCCUGGGGAUAUGGAAAGCAUGAAGUAUAGAAGUAAUAUGUCCUGAAUGCUGCAAAGCAAAAUCUGUGCUGAUUUCAUGAAAUUUUUAGCUAAUGUGCCAAAAACCCAUCUGAAGCUUUGGGAUUUGUUUUCAUUGUUUUUUUUCUUGUAUAAUUUAAUGUUGGUUUUACUUAUAUUAAAUAGAAGAAAUUUAAAUUAAAAGAAAUAACCAACUAUGAGGUAGCAAACCUGGCAAUGAAUGAAUAUUAUCUAAAUUGUUACAAUUAUUAUAUUGAUGAGAGUUUCUGUUAAUUAUAAAUCAAAUAUGCAUCA